AUGCCGUCAGCAUCAUCAGAAGCAUUGGCGCAGUUGGCAGGAAGAGGGAUUGGGGAGAGCAUGGAGGAACUGGUCAAGAGAGUCAACAUCCCGAUCAACAGCACGACGCCUCCUGCCCUCAUAGCAGCCAUUCAACAUGAUCCCUUCAAGAACGCCAGCAAGUACGGUCUUAUUUUCGUUUACAUCGGAAUUAUCCUGGUGCUGUCCACGACGAUCAAACGGCUAUACUACUACUGGGGAGACAAGAUUCGAACGGCUCUGUACAAAGAAGAAGUCAUCAACUCCGCCUCGACGCUCAGCCCGCUGGGUGCUUCACCGCACCAAGGAUAUGGCGACUAUGAACUGCCCAGUGCAAUCAGUGCCCAAACGGAUGGUUCGACAAGGCAUUUCUUUCCGCCCACUGGACCUCUGGUAACCGAAAAGUUACAGCAACAAGCAGCAGUCUCGGCCAUUGCACCUCUCAACAACACAAUCGCCCUGUUUCGAUGGAUCUUCUACAGACCCAUCCCGGCCAUCAAGAUUGGCAAAUGGAGUUUUACAUUCCCUUCCCUGGGGGUUGUCGUGGUCAUGAUCAUAUGCCUGGUGUCCUCCUUACUUUACUGUUUCCUGCCCAGCCCACUCUUCUACGCAUCCAUGGCAUAUGGAUCUCCUCCGCUGGCAGUGCGCGCUGGCAUGAUGUCCGUCUCCCUCUUACCGUGGGUAGUCAUGUUGGCUAACAAAGCGAACCCUGUGGCUUUCUUGACCGGAAUCGGGGCAGAGCGACUUAUUGUGCUCCAUCGCUGGACAGCAUAUUUGUGUGUCAUGUUUGCCAUCAUCCAUGCUGUCCCGUAUUGGUAUCAAUCAGUCACGGAUCCCGCUGGCUUUGCGACGUUCAAACUCUAUUUCAACCAGCAAUAUUGGGUCUACACGACAGGCGUUGCAGCCAUCGCUCCCCUGAUCUUUCUCACCCUCCACUCCAUUCCCAUUCUUCGACAUAAAGCUUACGAGCUCUUCGUCUUCCUGCAUAUUCCGGUCGCUUGGGCCUUCAUUGGCCUCAUGUUUUGGCAUUGUCACAACUACCUGACAUCAUGGGCCUAUCUCUACUCGACAGUGGCACUGAUGCUUGUAUCGCUGUUCACCCGUCUCUUCUUCUUGAACUGGAUGAAUCCAUUCCGAUCAUCGUGGCUCAUUGGAGAAGAAUCGGCUGUCACCGUGCUGCCCGAGAAUGCUGUUAAGGUCACCAUCCCAACACAGAAGAGGUGGCGUCCUGGCCAGUACGCAUACUUGAGGAUGCCUGGGAUUGCAGUCUUCGAGAAUCACCCCUUCACCAUUGCAUCCUUGUGCAGCGAAGACUUUCCGUCUGAAUAUGGCGAGCAAUACCGAGACAUGACCUUGGUCUUUAGACCCUUCUCGGGCUUCACCCGCAAAGUUCUCGACACCUCAAUCAAGAAGGGCCCCUACAAGACUUACCGAGCCUUCAUCGAAGGACCGUACGGCGGCAUGCAACGACAAAUGGCCUCGUUCGACCAAGUCAUCUUCUUUGCCGGCGGCAGUGGCAUCACCGCCAUCGCCAGCCAAUUGCUCGACCUGAUCAAACGCAUGCGCGACGGUAAGGCCACGACCACCAAAGUACAUGUCAUCUGGGCCAUGAAGCGGCCAGACAUUAUGGAGUGGUUCAAGGAGGAACUUCGGAUAUGCAGAGAAUGUGCUCCGCCGGGUUCAGUUCAAUGCCACUUCUUCAUCACGGCUGCCAAACGAUAUGAGCCCUUGCCUGAACCCAAGGAACACCGCCUCAGUGGCAUUAGAGACAAGAUCACUGACGCGCUCGACAAAGCAACGGGAGGAUCGAAGCGCAACUCGGCCUUAGUGAUGAUGGAGCAAGAACCCGACCUCAAGCGCGAAUUUGAAGACACCAUCACCGCUCUCCCCCAAGCGUAUGUUGCUGCUCCUCGUCACCUUGCGCCACCUGGGACCGAACAGGCACAACCAUACUUUCCCCCUCCACCAGCCGAGAAACGUGUCUCAACAAUUUCUCAGGCCCAGAUCGAAGCUACCCGCAGCUUCGAUUUCGGCUUCCCUCAGACACCCACCAAAUUUCAAAAGAACCUCAUGCGGUUCGCCUUCUUACCUACCAAUGUCACGUCUCAGAGACGAGAUGGUUGGCGGACAGAGUACGGGAGACCCGACAUUCCGUACAUGCUCAAAGGACUGAGCAAGGAAUUUGGACGCAGGACAUGUGUAUAUGUCUGCGGACCGCCGGAGAUGAGGACGGAUGUGGCGAAUACGGUGGCACGGCUGCAGAGUGAGGUCUGGAAGGAUUCAGGCAAGGACGAGAUAUUCUUACAUGCGGAGAAUUAUGCCAUUUAA